AUGGCCACGUCGAAGUCCUCCGGAUCCGCUUCGCCCGCUUCGUCCUCUUCGUCCUCUUCAUCAAGCCAUGAGGAGGAAAAACCAUCUGUGACUUUGGGCAACAGCGACACUUCCACAGAGGCUGAGAAUGCACCAGCUAAAGCGAGGGCAUAUGCUGGUAUGUUUACUUGGCCAUGUCCGCGGCAUUUUUUCCAAGACUUGGAAGAUCGACGAGCAGCAAAGGUCCUUAAGCCUUGUGAUGUUUCCAAGGAGAAACUGUUGGAGGCCUUCACAAAAGCGCUGAAGAGCAAAGGUUACUUGCACAAUCUUGUGAAGGCUGCCGUGGCGGAUGAACCGCACAAGCAUUACCAGCCCGAUGGUGCUUCUCGGGAAAGACACAAACACCUCAUCUUUCUGUUUCGAGCUCCGUUUGUGCACGCUGGCGUUCGCAAGCUGUUGGCCGAAGAGUUUGGGUACCAUGGAUUCUUCACAUUUCAUCGCGCGGGCUGGUGCACCUAUCUGGAUUACCUGAUGAUGGAGAGCGCAAAGAAACCAGCGCAUGAUUUAGACCGUGACCUUGUGUUUUAUCCGUCAAGUUACACCAAGCAGAAAGCUGAUGGCGAGCUUGCAGGGAUGUCCUCGCAGGUGGCUGGCAGAAAGAAGCAUGAGGGGCUGCAGAAAGGUCCGUCGGAGGCCUUGCAGAAACGACGCCGGCGCAUGUCUUUUAGCGAGCUUACAGACUUUGUUGUCGAAAGGAAGAUUUCAACCGUGGCAGAGCUAUGGAAGGCCUGGCACACAUACAAUCUGGAGACUGCCGCCAAAGAGGAAAAGAUGCGUGGCAACUCUUUGGUUUGGGACCAUGUGGGGCAGCUUCGGGAUCCAGCUGCGGAAGUGCAGAAAAUCUUGGCUGCGUGGCACCGACCUGAAACCUUGGGGGCUUCAACUCUUAUCACCUCACCACGCUUUCCUUUGGAGCACUUUGAUGUACCUCCACGGGUCCUGCAGUGGAAGGAGACCCAAUCCCUCACCCAUACCUUAAUCCUGCGUGGUCUGCCUGGGACUGGGAAGACUGAAAUGGCUAUAUCCGUGCUUUUGUCCACAUGCCGCGCUGGCAUCCACUUUGUCAGCAAGCUUGAUCAGAUGCAUAAGAUCACCGUGCACCCAGGUGAGGGACUUGUUGUCGAUGAGGCUUGUUUCAGGACAGUGAGCAUUGAUGAUGCGAAAGCUUGGUGCGAUGUGACUCACGCACGCGAUGUGCACAACCGUUGCUCUGACGGACACAUUCCAGCGCAAACGCCAAGGAUCUUCACUACAAACCAUGAAGUCCCACAGUUUUGGCCCCCAGAGUAUUUUCAUUCCAGUCAUCAGGCUGCAAUUGAUCGGAGAACUGUUUGGGUUGACUGCCCAAACAAGCUGUUCAAGGACAGGGAAGCAACGUGCAAGGGUAACAACGUAACGUUACGAAGCGCCAUCCAAGGGAGGUGUAUUGCCCCCCCAAAAGUGUGUAACGCAGGUGGUCAGCGAGGUUCAUUGAAUCUCCUUUGA